GGCCAGGUCGCUUUCUGCAAAAGAGCUACAUAGCUCAGUGGACCUUAUCUGGUAUAUAAAAAAAUAGCGUAUAGUUUAACAUUCAGAAAGGGGUGUGGAAUGAUCCAACACGGGUUUUCCAUAUUGCCCGAUCCAAGUGGUUACUUUGUACCCAGUAAUUGCAGAACAAAUGCGACUGAAGGCGGCACACCCAAUGUGGGGUAAUGUGGAAACCCCAUAAUGGAUUGCUGUGCAACCUCAGUGUGGGAACUUAGAGUGUGCAUUCGUACGAAUCAUGAAGUAUCUUAUGCUGAAUGUUUACAUGCUAUGGCCUCACAAAAGAUUGGGACGGGAGAAAGGUAAUUUGUGACAACUUAAAAACCACGCGCUGCCAAAUGUGAUGUGGGUUGGGAAAUGGUCUAUCUCUGUACGGUACCGCACGUAUCCACAAAUUAUACUCGACAGCUCGGCACGCUAUGGCCUAACUUCAUCGUGCAUCAGGCAAUUAAAAAAAAGUACCCAUUCUGUAUGCAUAACACCCAUGGCAGUUAACUGUGGACACACCCAUGUUUUCUUUCAGUCACCGGCAAAAACACCGACACUAUAAAUGUUUUAACAAAUGCGCCUAGAGGUUAAACAUUCAGUCGCCGUGACAAGGCUUUGCUCCCUCAAGGUGGGUAAAUUAAUACAUUUCAUAGCUGAUGUAAUUGAUUAUACAUUAAUUUGUGAGCUGCUGUGGCCUUUUAAAUAAGAAAUGUAGUGACAAAUUAUUCAUACUGUAACUGGAUGCCAUAUAGAUAGACUUGUACAUCACACGCAAAAUGAUUUGUUUGGUCCAUAGUGAAAGGUCGCGAUAUACGGACAACGGAGCUCUGGUUGAUUCCUAGCAUAUAUUAAUUCGUCGGAUUGUGAUCGUCUUUAUAGUUUGUGUCAUCGUUUUUGUGAUAAUUAAAAAAAUCAUUUUAUGAUUUGUAGCUUUCAUGUCAAAAGGCAAGGGUUAAAAUUGCCUCUGCUCAAACAAUGGGAUCGGUGGUGUGAAACAACAUUUGAUCACGUGACAGGUGCCGCACCACUGUUCACUUUUCGUAAAAGUGGUACUCAAUUUAUCAAUAUUUCCGGAUGAUGGUUUAAGUCAUCCCCUUAUCAGAAUUUGAAUGUGUUACCUUUGAACUCCAAGGUUAGAGGAGAGGAGGAGGUCAUUGACCACACACAUCGGCAUCAGAAUAGCGCAGCCCUGCAAUUGUUUUAUCAUGCCACUGCUGUAUGUUCAACUUCUUUUCACCGUACGUAGCCAACGGUGGCGCAGGAGGACAACAAAAAUGCUGGUGGAAGGGCCUCCGUUACAGGGACCUUGAAAGAGCCCUUCUAGAGGAUGUUUAGGCCUACUCUUCCACACUGUCCAGGCGUCUUGGAUGAGGUGGCAGUCACCACAAUUGACCCCACCACAUUGCGACCUGCCGAUCAACGAACUGUGGUGGCACCCAUUCACACUGUUGGGUGGACAUAAGGUGGGUUGGGGUGCAUUUAAGAAACGUAAUCAUUGCCCCAACUGCCCCGCAGGAAGAGAUCGAUUCGAACCAGCGCCCUCCGUAUUCUUGUGCGGGUGUGCUCACCAUUGUACCACACAUCGCAGCAUUCCCGCAUCGCAUUCACUAAUUGUAAUGUGUUGAUCUUGAACAGGCUUGCGGGGGAGACCAUGAACUGGGACGGCCUCUACGAGGUGCUGAGCGGCGCCAACCGCUACUCCACGUCCAUCGGCCGCGUGUGGCUCUCCGUGCUCUUCAUCUUCCGCAUCAUGGUGCUGGUGGUGGCGGCCGAGAGCGUGUGGGGCGACGAGCAGUCCGACUUUGUGUGCAACACGCUGCAGCCGGGCUGCCAGAACGUGUGCUACGACCACCACUUCCCCAUCUCGCACGUGCGCCUCUGGGCCCUGCAGCUCAUCUUCGUGUCGACGCCGACCCUCCUGGUGGGCAUGCACGUCGCUCACCGCCACCGCAGGGCCAAGCGGAAGAGGGGAAACAUCUACAACCUGCCGGGCCAGACCGCGGAGCUUCCGGGAGAUAGCGUCGAGCACGACGAGGAGCACGACGUGGAGCUGCACCGCUCAGAGCUUCGGCCUCCGUCGGGAAGUCCCCCGAGCACCAUCCGGAUGGACGGUGCGCUCCUGUUCACAUACGUGUUCAGUGUGAUCUCGCGGAUUUUCAUCGAGUGCACGUUCCUGUACAUCUUCUACACGCUGCACAGCGGGGUCGCCAUGCCACGUCUGCUGAAGUGCGACGCGUCGCCGUGCCCCAACCUGGUGGACUGCUUCGUGUCGCGCCCGACCGAGAAGACCGUCUUCACCAUCUUCAUGCUGGCCGUGUCGGCCGUCUGCCUGCUGCUCAACGUGGCCGAGGUGGCCUACCUGCUGAGCCGCGAGUGUUUGUGUCGCAGACGGCGGCGGCGGCGGCGGAGGUGCCAAGGGGCCACGAGCAAGGACAUUCGGACAUCGCGGCCUUGCUGAGAUCAGCGGUGGGCUGCCCACUGCCAGUCGUGGUGCUGGGCAUGAGCAGACCAAGCAGGAGCUUAGGGCCCCAACAGGACUCGACGGGUCACAAGAGUCCAAAAAAAUAUGGGUGCAUCAAAUAUAUAUCAGCUGAAGUUAAAAUCGAUAUCAACAUUACGAGCUAAUCAGUAUAAAUGCCAAGUAAUCACUAAUUUCUAUCUUGUCUGCAUCUCUAAUUGCUAUGUUCGUCUAAUUUUCUCUUAUAUCACUAAUAACUCUGUAUCUUCUUCUUUGGUUCUUUCGGUAAAGUCACGUAGAAUGAGAAUAAAAUAAUAAAUUG